AUGGCAGGUCCGUUCGCUCACGGAUUUUCUCAAGAGAUAAUGCGUGUGUCCUCCUUGCUUAAGCACCAGCCUGAUGGGGACUUUGAGAGGUUGCCGCCGAUGGCGCGUCCAAACCAGAUGCAUCAUCAUCAGUCGCCCCCAAUGCCUAAUUUCCGUGGAAAUGGUUUUGGCCCGUGGAACCACGGGGCGCAUCCAGAGAGGGUAGGUUUUCCUCAAGGACCCGUGGGUUGGCAAGGAGCACCACAAAGCCCCUCUCCAUACAUUGUCAAGAAGAUUUUGCGGUUGGAGAUACCAACAGAUACUUACCCUAAUUUCAAUUUUAUUGGCCGUCUUCUUGGGCCAAAGGGAAACUCGUUGAAGAGGAUUGAAGCCACUACAGGUUGUCGUGUUUUUAUCAGAGGGAAGGGCUCAAUUAAAGAUCCUGGGAAGGUAAACAUAAUUCUUUAA